CAUCAUCGCUGUAGCAUCCAUCCGUGGCGCCUCCGUCUCGCUUGGUCGUUCGGAAGGGUAUCUACACUGGCACACACGUCGUUACUACUAUCGUCAUCCAUCAUCGCGUCGACUUGACGAGGUGGAGACUGGGGACAUGGUACGGCUCACGAGCAACUCGCUACCAGCACCAGCUAUUGUCGGGGUUCUUGGCCCAACCACGAUCUACUGGCUACAUCCCGUAUUGGGACUAUGGCUGAAUAUAGUAUGUAGCACGAGGCGACGGGGCGACGCGGCGACGUCGUAUCUCGGCGACAUGCAAGACCUUUCGUCGCUCAGGUUGACGAGUAUGAAGCUCUCCCACAACAUCGUAUCGUCCAGCGUCGCUAGCGCAGAUAGAGCGACCUCGCGACCUCGUGGCAACACAGCCGAUGCAGCCAAGUUAUGUAUGUAUACGCGUGUAUGCAUGCGACAGGGUGGGAAGGCUGAGACCCUACCUACCCUUAUUUCGUCCAAGAGGCAGUCCUCAGAUCAUUCGACCACGCACCAUCGAUGGCCGGCCUUGUUUCUCUCUUUCUGCCGUUGUCUGGAGACCGUCAUCCUGGAGAUGUGGCCGUAUUCUUCGACGUGCGUCGGACGCUUGCUUACAAGAUCGCCAUGGCACCGUCGGGGUCUCUCUUCUUCGGUUACCGGCUUGAUACCAUCCAGGACCGUCUCCCCGCCUCGAACUAGAAUCCCCCAAUGAUGAGCAGAGGCGAAUUCUCAUGCGCCGGUGCCGUGUGUGAGCAUAUGCGUGUAAGUGGAGGUGGAGGUUCUGCGUGCAUAUGUAUGUACACAUAGCAUAGGUAC